AAGGAAAAAAAAAAAGGAAUUUCGUUUCUCUUGGUGUUAAAAGGAGUGGGAAGAAAAGAGAUUAGAGCGACGGCCUCCAUGAGUACUUCGGCGGGAUUUGUGCUCAAUGCUAAUGCGCUUGCGUAUAAUCCAAAUCCGGACUUACGUUCUCUGUUUGUCACCUUCUCCAACGGGUUUCCUCUCACAGAAUACCAAAUCUUCUGUUACUUCAACUGGAUGUACCCGGGGAGUGUGAUGGAGGUGUUUGUGCACAAGCCUACGCCAACAGCGAAGGUUGCUGGGCAAGGCUUGUUCGGGAAGGUGAUGUUCAAUUCUCCUUUCAUACCAGAUUUCGUGCUGGGGCCUUAUGAAAAGGUUUGCUUUUCUGUCUACGGACGUCCCAUGUACUGCAGGAGGUUUGUUAGUCAGAGACCAAGAAACGCCAAUGCUUAAGUUUAAGUGAAACCUUUUCGUGGUUUCUUGAAUAAGUUUCGUUGUUGUUUUUAAUUUUAUGAAUAAAGGGAGUGAACUAGUCUCCCAUAUGGUAUGUAAUCACCUAUUUUAUUUCAUUUCAAUGUUGUUGACAAAAACUAUGUUAAAGUAAUAUGUUUUAUUUU